AUGUCUGGCUACAAGUUGUUCUUCUUUCCAGGCCGCGCUAAAGGAGAAAAAUGUCGACUUGCAUUCGCGGCUUCAAAGAUUGACUACGAGGACAUUCGAUUGGCAGUCGAAGAAUGGGCAAAAGAGAAAGCGUGUAAGUAACAUAAAAGUUCACCAGAUUGCUUAAAUCGCGCGACGGUUAUUUGUUGAUUCUUUUUAAUUCUGUAAUCUUAAAUAGCUGUUUAAAAAGGAAUGCGAACAAAGCCGACGGCAAAUACGCGUACAUUCGCUUGAUUUUCGAUCGAAUUUAAAGAUUUUAAUGAUGUGCGCGUCGCGAAUGCUUGGUAACUGAUUGAAGUAAAAUUGCUUAGUCAGGCUGAUAAGUGUGCUCGCUCUUUUUUAUGGUUUUUGCCGACCACAAGUGGUAUAGUUGGUAUUAUUAUUAUUAUUAUUAUUAAUAUUAAUAAUAAGAGUUACAUUUUUAAAAUCGACGAGCUCCUGUAAUCUACAUUUCUUAUAGCUUCUGUGGGGGGAAAGUUACUUGUUUUCCGGAAUGAGCCUGGCUUUGUAUCUAAAAUAUUUUCAACUUACAAUUCAAAUAUUUUCCUGGUUUUAAAUACUUUACCCGGUUGGUAUUGUAACUUUGGACCUUCUGAUUGUAUUCUCAUCGCAUGAACUGAAGGAUCAGAAUAUAACACGGAAACGCCAAUCAUGUUCUUUAUAGGCCCUCCAAGAAAUUACAUUUUCAAGUGACGGCUAUGACCUAAUGGGCGCAAAAAUAAAAACUCAAAAAUCCGUAGGGCUUCCAACAAAACCCUAAAAACUACCUGGGCCGAAAAUUAACCCCCUAAAAAUCCAAUGCCGAAUUCAAGAGCCUUAAAAAUUACCAGAAGGCAUUAAAUGAUACAAUACAAAGAAUAAAAAUAUUAGAAAUUGAAUGUUUGUGUCUGUUUCGAUAACUCUUCAUAGCAACAUUCGAGACAACCAAGAACAUCUUCUGUUUUAACAAUAACACUAUACAGAAUAACAACUUCAGAUAGUUUUGAAUACCCCUAAAAAUCCAUACUUAACUCAAGCCACCCAAAAACUACUUGCCAAAUUUUCCUACCAAAAAAUCUGGAAUCGAAAAUCUCAACCCCCGCCCCUCCCCCCAAAAAAUUCCUUCGAUCACCUCCGUCACUUGAAAUCAGAAGUACUUCCCCAUAUGGAAUCCAUAUUAAGGUCAACUGACAGCUGUCAAAACAGGGUAUCCGCUGACCCGUGUCACAUGACCGUAUUGCAGGCUCAGGUGCCGACUCAUUGAGGUCACGUGAAAAAUAAAAUAAAACUUGUUCCAUGGUCCAUAACAGGUAACAAGUAGCAGAGGUAGAUCAUAUAGAUCAUGUAGAUCAUAUAACUAGAAAUUUGCUAUGUAAUUAUUGUAAACCUCUUAUUUCAGUGGCCCCCUUUAAUCUGCUCUUCGAUUGUUUUUAGGGAUAGGGGCAUUGAUAUGUGACAGUCCCUAUUGUUUUCCCAGCUAAUCACAAACAAUCUUUCAAAUAGGUGCGGGAUCGCCCCCUUCAUUGUAAUUAUCUCCUCAUUUACUUAAAUGUAGCGAUUAUUGUAAUCGGCAAUGCCAUCUCAUCUAUUCAUAUGAAAAUGCCAAAAAAUUGAAUUGAAUUAGUUUGUGGCGGUAAAUUGAUUGAACAUUCUGGCAACUCAGCUGAUAAAUCUGUCAUCCUGGUAUAUUUUUCAGGUGGAAUAUUUAGCUCGCACUCCUUUCCUCUACAAAAAUUUCCCGCAAAAUGUUUGCCCGCACGUACAGUACAUUGUAAUACUUCCUUUGAGUGGCCUGUUGCGUGAAAUGACAUGUACCACUUAGUGAAAUUUACAAAAUUCUAAUUUUAACAUUGACAGGUGAUAUAAAAGGUCAGCAAUGAGUUAGUGGUUCAUUGAACUUAAACGGUAGUUGUGUUGAAGUUGCGCAUCCACUCAGAGUAUAAGAUUCGACUGAAACAUUCUGCAGAAAUGUCUGGCUUCAAGUUGUUCUACUUUCCAAGCCGCGCUGGAGGAGAAAAAUGUCGACUUGCAUUCGCGGCUGCAAAGAUUGACUACGAGGACAUUCGAGUCCCAGUCGAAGAAUGGCCGAAAGAGAAAGCUUGUAAGUAACAUAAAAGUUCACCAGACAAUUCCGUAAAGCGCGCGACGGUUAAUUUUCGAUUCUUUUGAAUUUGGUAAUCUUAAAUAGCUGUUUAAAACGGAAUGCGAUCAAAGCCGACGGCAAAUACACAUACAUUCGCUUGAUUUUCGAUCGGGUCGCGAAAUACUGGAUUGGUAACUGAUUGAACUAAAAUUGGUUACUCACGCUGACAGGUGUGCUAACUCUUUUUAAUGGUUACCGCCGACAACAAAUGGUAUAAUUGAUUUUAUUAUUAUUAUUAUUAAUAUUAUUAUUAUUAUCUCUUUUAUCAAAGUCUUUGCUGGUGUUCUUUUUGUGUAUCAACUGGGCGCAAACCAUGCACCUAGAGCGUCAGUCACUCAAGUAAAUCAUUCUGUUCAUACACUGAGCACCUUUCUUCUUCUUCUUCUUCUUCUUCUUCUUCUUCUUAUUAUUAUUAUUAUUAUUAUUAUUAUUAUUGUUAUUAUUAUCAUUAUUUCAUGUACACUGAAUUAACCUUACGUUUUCUGGGUUUCGAAGACUGCUACGAAAGAGGGUUGGUCUUUAAAUAAUAAGAGUUACAUUUUUAAAAUCGACGAGCUCCUGUAAUCUACAUUUACUUAUAGCUUCUGUGGCGGGAACGUUACUCGUUUUCCGGGAAUGAGCCUGGCUUUCUAUGUAAAAUAAUUUUAAUGUUACAAUUCAAACAUUCUCCUGGUUUUUAAUACUUUAUCCGAUUGGCUUUGUAACUUUGGACCUUCUGAUUGUUUUCUCUUCACAUGAACUGAAGGAUCAGAAUAUAACACGGAAACGCCAAUCAUGUUCUUAAGAGGCCCUCCAAUGAAUUAAAUUUUUAAGUGACGGCGAUGACGCAAUGGGCACAAAAAUAAAAAAAUCCGUAGGGCUUUCAACAAAACCCCUAAAAACUAACUGGACCGAAUAUUCACCCCCUGAAAAUCCCAUGCCGAAUUCACGAGCCUUAAAAAUUACCUGAAGAAGGCAUUAAAUGAUACAAUACCAAAAAUAAAAAUAUUAGAAAUUGAAUGUUUGUGUCUGUUUCGAUAACUCUUCAUAGCAACAUUGGAGACAACCAAGAAUAUCUUCUGUUUUAGCAAUAACACUAUACAGUAAACAACUUCAGAUAGUUUUAAAUACCCCUAAAAUACCAUACUUAAAUCAAGCCACCCAAAAAAACUACUUGCCAAAUUUUGCUACCCAAACAAUCCCGGAAUCGAAAAUCUCAACCCCCGCCCCUCGUAAAAAAAAUUCCUUCGAUCACCCCCGUCACUUGAAAUCAGAAGUACUCCCCCCGCUCGAGCGUCCAACGGGCUCCUUCCUCGCGAAGUGGGCGCGUUUGUACAGAAGGAACGUGUGACGAAGCCCUAUAAGUUUGGUACGGUGAGGGUAGCGCAAGCACGCGCUAUCGUUGAACGCGAACGCAACAAACAAGGGUCCGUCGAAAGCGCUUAAUCAUUUUUCUGUUUUGCUCGACGGACGACGAGAAAAGAGACUGCUCGUGGUCUAGGUUUGGCCAAAUGAUCGUGAAAAUCUGAUGCGUCUCGGUUGGGACUAUCCUAUAAAUCCCAAAACUGAAAAAAUGAACGAAAUUCGAAUUUUGGGCGCGGUCGGGCUGGUCGCAAAAUGGUAAUGUUCGUCAGAUUAUACUUUCUAGGGGAAUUAACCUUUCAUGCGUUUUAUACAUGAGCCUCCGGCUCGGAUAUCUGGGACAACCCUAUCCCUCGUUAUAAAACUAAUAUAUUGAUUGGAUUAGAUUUGAUUUGAAUUGAUUGGAUUGGAUUCGAUUGGAUUGUAUUGUACCCAUAAGCCCCUCCUGGGGUCGAGCGUUGCGUGACGGAUGCCAUCGUUUACUGCGUCUGCGGCGCCUUGCCGCAAGCGUGAUAAACGUCGCGCCCCACCCUUGAAAAAGAAUAUUUAAGGGAUGGCUCACAAGCUGAAGUCUGGUAUCGAAUACACGUUGUUAUGAUCAGCGGUGCAGUAGUCUUUGGACUUCUCGCUGUAUGUUCAUCGAAUUAAGAACCCAGGGGAGGAACUUCCUAUAAUGGCCUAGACGGUGAGGCCUCAUCAAAAAGGAGUACCUUUUCAGGUUUCAGGUAUAUGAAACGGUCGGGGGGUCUGUCAUUUCGGCCUGUAAAAGGACCUUAAGGUCUAACAGACGCAUUUUAUGGCUGUGAAAGCGACAAGAAAACUUCCUGGUUUAGUGAUAUAUUCACAUAUAAACAAAUGGUGCAUUUACAGAAGUUCGCAAAAGAUGCAGGGGUACCAUUUAUCAUUCAAAUUGAAAGGGAUGCCUUUUCUGUGAAAAAUAGUUUAUGUAAGCAUGAGGUGUUGGACCUUGGGGUGGAGCCUCCCCGUAUAACACUUCAUUGAAUGCUCCCCCCUCCGCCGGGAUUUUGCAUAACCAGGGCUACCAUUGUUGACUUCUCUUUAGAAAAAACCGCGUCGUUCUACUACUUUUCUGUCUGUUCUGUUUCAGCUGGCAGACCACCUCUUGGUCAAAUGCCCUUCAUUGUGACUCCUGAGGGAAAAACCUUGGCACAGUCUGGUACAAUUAUGAAGUACAUCUGCAAAAAAGGAGGUGAAGUAUUGAACGUAAUUUGUUAAUCAGCAUAUCAUUCCUGCCGUCGCCUGCGAGCCGUGAGAGACCGCGUGAGCGAGUGGCCCACUCCUCGCGCCGGUGUCUCCUUUUACGUGUUGUUCUCGCGUGACUUUUCGUGACUCCCCCAAAAGGAGAGCUGGCUCCCAGGCUACUCCUGCUCAUUAGCCUCCCAAGUAGAUGUUUUUAGGAGCUUCGUCAUGCGUUCUUCCCCCAAGGAAAGCAAAGCCCUAAGAAGGUCUACGUAAGAGGCUACCUGUCGAUAUAGUUUAUACAAGUUUAUUUUUUUUUCUCCCCAUUCGAUUCAUUCAUUCAUUCAUUCAUUCAUUCAUUCAUCCAUCCAUCCAUCCAUCCAUCCAUCCAUCCAUCCAUCCAUCCAUCCAUCCAUCCAUCCAUCCAUCCAUCCAUCCCUCAACCCAUCCAUCCAUCCAUCCAUCCAUCCAUCCAUCCAUCCUCCAUCCAUCCAUCCAUCCAUCCAUCCAUCAGCCCAUCCAUCCAUCCAUCCAUCCAUCCAUUCAUCCAUCAAACAGUCCGUCCGUCCGUCGUUCGCUCGUUCGCUCAUCAUUCUUCCAUUCUCCCUUUUUUUCUUUCUCUCUCUCUGUUUUCGUUUCUUUUCUUUUCUCUUAUUCCUUGUCUCUGAGUCUUUUUUUCUCCAUUUCAUUCUCUCUUUCUUACUUUUCCUUCUUUUCUUUCCUCUCUUUCUUUUUUUCUUCUAGCUUUUUAUUAGUUAAGAAGGCGUAUGCUGGAUUAGCUUUAAUUUUUACUUAUGGUGAUUAGGUUUGUGCCCAGCUGACAGUUUUGAUGAAGCGACAGCGGAUAUGAUCAGUGAUGGAGUUAAUGAUUUAUUUCAGCCAUUGAGCGACAUAUACCAUGAGAAAGAUGAAACGAAGAAGGUAUUGCAAAAGUUGAUGUCCGUUUCAGUACCCCACAUACAGUGUUGUCAGGCUUUACUCCGGACUGCAAUUCAGUCGGUCUUUUUCAUAAAAUCGGUUUUGCAAAUCGCUUGGCGCGAUAUUAGGGAGUUUGAGCAAAGACGUUUUUGAGCGACGCUCGUCAACUGGAAGUGGACUUUUGGUAAUAUUGGGUCGUGAUUUUGAACAAAUUUUCUAUCAGAUCGUCUCUAUCAGAAUGAAGACACUGAGCUACCGCUCGCGCGCGCGCGCGUUCUUAAUCUAGGCAAAACUACGGGCUGUUUUGCAGUCUAGAUUUACUCAAACGCCAGUGUUUCGACCCUCAGCGGCAUAACAUUCUUAAUUUGCUAACAUUGAGAAUUGAACAAGGUCUGGAAGGGUAUUUUCGGGAUCCUGGAUUUGACCAAAAUACGGUGCGCAAAAUUUCUUGACGGGAAACAAGAUUUUACAGCUACCCUGGAAGCGGGAUUCGCCAGAAGCGGCAAACUGCGAAUCAACCGGGCACGUUUUGAGGGUUGUCUCCUUUCAGACCAAACUAUAAAGUGUGCCUUGUUUGUUUUUUUGUUUGUUUUUUUAUUUAUAGAAACAAAAGAGGAAUUCGGGAAAGCGAUAUGGAAAAAAAUAGCGGGAUGCGGGAUUUUUUACCCCCUUUCACCCUCUUGCAGACCGUGAUUGAAGUAAAAUACUUGGCUAAAAGAACGUGUUUCACAUAAUCGCGUUCGCGUCGGGCAUGAAAAAGUCUAAAGAAGGCAUAUAAAUUGAAGCCAGGACAGUAUGGGGUACUUACUACUUCGUUAGUUGUCUCUGUUCUAAAGAAACGCCUUAGAGUGGUUUUAAAGUAGUCAUUCAGCACAUACAUUAAUAAAAGUUUGACCCACACAUAAUGAUAUAUUUCUAAUAUAACGCUUGAGAAGUAGGCAAGAAUGAAACUUAUAGUUUUAGCGGCCGGUAUAAAACACCCAUAGAGGUUAUCGAUCCAAAUUUAUACUAUGAUGUGAAUGCUACACGCGCUGGGAUUGGUCGUUGCUCCGUGUACAAUCCCGUAGGUUUUACUCCAAAUUCUGUUUCCCAGAACUUAGUGUUAGUGAUCUAUGAUUUGUUUUUCUUUAAAAAUAAAGGAGGAGAUAAAAAAGGAGUUUUAUGGAACGACGCUUCCUGCCCGACUCGAGAAAUUUGAAGCUCUUCUCAAAAACAGGGAUGAAGGCAAAGGCUUCUUUCUGGGCGAAAAGGUAAGAUUAGAAGAAUGCGCAAAGCGUGCCAAGGGGAUUCGGCCUGCUUAGAACACUAACGAGUAUAGUAAUUAAGUCAUAAAUAAAACGAUAAUAGCCUUCGAAUUCAGCCGUCUCCCCUCGUUCUCGCCACUAGGGACGCGUCCCAAGCGGCCGUCGAGAAGCGAGAAGAGACGCCUUUAUCUGCAGGCUAAAACGAUGACCGCUCCCUGAGCCUUCAAAGCUCACCCCGUCCCAAAGAAAGUCUUUUCUAAAAAUUUUAAUAUACAGCAAGGUCAGAACAUUUUGCAUGGUACUGAGCAGUAUAACAUCCUAGCGUGACGUCACCCCUUCUGUUACUGAACGUGAGUCACGUUACGUCAUUGUGACAACCAAGUUAUUACAUGAUUGAGACAUCCUCUCUUGUUCAAAAAAAAAAAUCGUUUAGUUAUUUGUGUAAAUUUAGUGUCGUCAGGCGUUUCAUCGGCGAUUUUUAAUAGGGAGUUUAAGAUCCUAUGACGGUGACGGCAACAAAAACGUCAAAAAACUAACAGGUUAAGUGAAUAGUCACGGCGACAACUCUGCAUGCGCAGCACACUUUUUUGUUCAUUUCUUUGCCGUCAUCACUACACGUUUACGACGCCCGUGGAAAUGCCUAAUUUCACUUUUUAAGCUACGGUAAAACGCUCCUAGGAAUUUUAACACCAGAAGGGUUUGCUUGCGUCGGAAAAAGUAAGUAGCUUGGAAUAAUCGCGAUAUAGAUUGAAAGGACGCGAAUUCGUCGUCGCAAUCGUCGUGGUAUCUUAAACGCCCUACAGGCCUCUCUAUAGGUACCCUCCCCGUCGUCCCAGAAGUCAUGAAAAAACCUGGUCUGAAUGGGCGGGUAAUUGGAGUAUCCUUUUGAUCAAAAGUAGUAUGUGAGAGAGUAUGUGUUUGGACCUCGGGAUGAAUCUCUGUCUUGUCGUGUAUGGAGCGUUAAUUUCCUAUAAUGAGGUAUAUUUAACAAUUAUUCCUCGAGCCCGAAUGGGCUCUGAGUCAAUAGCCCAUGAGGCCGAAGGCCGAAUGUGCUAUUGACUCAGAGGCCAUGAGGGCGAGAGGAGUAAUUGUUUUAGUAAAAUCGAACUAGUUUGUCAAAAAUAUCGAGACAAGCUAGCAAAAGCAAAACGCCAUUCAGCCGCUAUUGUUUUGGCUUUCAAAGCCGGCGCUUUUCACUACUAGUGGGCUAUAACGUAUAGCCUAGAAGUAGCUCGCCCAAUCAGAACGCAGCAUUGAUAAUAGACCACUAGCCACCACGAAAAGGUGUCUGGGAUGGUGUGACCAUAGCCUAAUACAUUAUGUGCGGUUACACGGGACACUUUUUAUUUACCGUGGCAAAUGACCCUUUUGCCGUGGGAAAUUGCCUCAGUGCGUGUGACCGGACCCUCCCAAGAUACAUUUACCAUGGGAAAUAUCCAUGGUUACGUCAAAAAGAGCAAAGAAACCGCCCAUGACAUUAAACUUGAUCAAAAGCUAGGGUUUUCGAUACCCAAAGCAAAACAACCAUUAGGUUUCUUCAACAUGAAACCGCAAAAAAUUGCUUUUUUAAACUCGUUUCUUUCGCACCUGUUGAGAGAAAGAUCGAUGGUGACAUGGCAGAUAUCAUGGCAACAUUUUGAACUGGUUUGUUGAAAUAAAUUUAGAAACGAUAUUUCCCAAAAAUAUGUUCUAUUCCUGGUAUGGAACAGUGGGAUGCAGCUGAACUGUAAAAUCGAACUAUGUACCUUCGCUAAAUUAUCAUGAAUAACAUACCAGCUGAAAUUUCAGCUAUAAAAUUAUGCGUAAAUUUUCAACAUAACAUAAAAUACUACCAUUGUCGACGGCGAUUAUUACCGUAACUGCGCGAAUGAAGCCGCAAACUGAUAGCAGCUUGUCGUGCUCCUGCCGUGCCGAACUCAAUUGAUCGAAUUAAAUUCGACUUUAGCACGGCAGUAGCUCGACUUGGUUUCCAACGUCGUGCUACCGCCGUGCCGAACUCAAUUCGUAAAUUAUAAAUACGUUAGAAUACAUUUAAAAGUUUGCUAAACCGUUUCUUUGUUUUUGUGUUUUGUUUUUGGCAACCGCCGUUCCAUUCGACUGAAUUAAAUUCGACGUCUGAAACCAAGUCGUGCAAGUGUCGUGCUGCAGUCGAGCUACAGUCGAGGCAGCUUAGCACGGCAGUAGCACGACGAAUUUGAAACAGGCCUUAAUGGGAACUCCAAACUAAAACCCACGUUAAAUUUACCACGGCUUCGUUAACGUGGGAAAAGCCUUUUACCAUGGUUUGUGUAACCGCAUCUAUUGCCUGAGGCUUAUCAUACACGCAGAAGAAAGGUUACCCCAAUCCUACGCCCCUGGCGUAACUGCGAUUUCUUUCUGUUUCUUAUCUGCAGCUGAGCUAUGCCGACAUCACUUUCUUUGACUUCUUUAACAACUUCCAUUCGAAGGGUAAAGAGGAUGUUCCUGGGGAACUUGAGAAGUUCCCGCUCUUGGUGGAGCAUUAUAAACGGGUGUUAAACGUGCCCGAAAUAAAUGAGUGGGUGAAGAAACGCCCUGUUAGCGAAUUCUAA